AUGUGUUUUGGAUUACCGUUUUUACCAGUGCAUGAAGAUAUUAGUGAUGACGAAAGCGAUGAAAACAUAGAAGAUAUUAAUGGAAUGAAAAUAUAUUUAAAUAAUUUAAUGAAAAAAGUUAACGAGACGACAUUGAUUGAUAUUCGACAAAGCUUUUUGAAAUAUGUUAAUGGAAAUGUAAAAGAAAACCAAUUAUAUGAUAUUCUGAAACCAUACAAUAUAAUUUUGUCAAAAAAAAAAUUCCACCCAAUGUUCUCUAAGAUAGAUGUAAAAAAAAAAGGCACCGUCAACUUUUUACAAUUCGUUACUUAUUUAGCAUCAGAAUUUGAAAUAAAGCGUAAAUAUAAUACAUUUUUAUCAAACGACGACAGCGAACUAUCAAAAUUAACGCCCAAAUUACUACCGAACAAAUUGAUUGAAUACGGAGAAAACGGCAUGAUUCGGUACAUAGAUAUAGUGUUUUUACCGAACAAAAUAAAACAAUCUCAAAAAGAACCCGACGAUCCUGAAUACAUAGCUGCUAGUCGGUCAGGGAAAAUUGUUCGCUACAAACCAGACAUGCAAUGGAAAAGUACAUACCAAGUUGUUUCGAAUGUAUCACCGAUCGUGGUCAACGGUUUAGUGGGGAUGCCGGAGUUCAGUGUCGUUUGCUUGUCGGUCGUGGGCGGCCAACUGCUGUUCUACGACAUGUCGUCAGGCCAAUUCAAGCUGUGCCUCAUCGUCGAAUUGUGGGCAUGCACGUUGACCACUCACCUCGCGUACGCGCACACUUACUGCGAACGCAAGAAGAUCGGUUCGUCGAAGAUAGCGGUCGGCGACGGACACGGUGGCGUGAGCGUACUCGAGUUCAUAUCGUCGGAGAAGUGGAACCCGUUCAAGGACAAGUCAGGCGACACGAACGAGACGCCAACGUACAAUUUCGAACGACUCGUGAUGAGGACGCCACCGGCGCCGCCGACCACAAAACCGUCCACUAAGCGUCCACCACCGAUUCGCGCGUACAGUUAUCAGGGGCUGCACACCAAGCAAGUCGAGCAAGUCGUGUUCUACAACAACGGCCGAUCGUUUGCGGCUGUGUCGAUGUCAAAUCGCAAGUCGAUGGCCCAAUGUCUCAUGCUGCCGGAGCAAUGCGAAACUCGUGGUUCGUCACGGUCACCGUCGACCGCUACGCUCACCUUUCCGUUCAUCCGUUACACGUCAAACGUGAUGGGAUUCUCUUGCGUGUGUGCGAUCCGUGACACGCACUUGGCUACUGGCAGCAUGGACCGGACAGUGAGGCUGUGGGACACCACGGGUCGCGUUUCGGGCCCCGUGGACUGCACCGCGCUGUUUGGCCACAGCUGGGGCGUUAAACGCGUUUCUUACAACACGGCCAACGGACACCUGUACUCCGUGUCCACGGACUGUGUGAUCAAGGUGUGGGACCUGCGCAGAACCACGUGCCUGUUGACGUUUACCGGGCUUACAGUGGCUGCGGAACCGAAUAACAGUCAACAUUGGCCGUUCGCCUUGAUGCACUUCAACUGGUUCGAUCAGACUAUCAUAAGCGUGGGCAGAGAUUACAUGUCGUUCAUGACCGUCGAGUGUACCAGGCCUAUGGUGACCGACCAGGAGGUGUCUCGCCCGCAUGACGAUAAGUCCCAUGACACAGCCGUCGUCAGGACGCUAUACAACCCGCUGUACCAGGUUUUGAUAUCCGUAUCCGCCACCGACUCAUCCAUCUCUGUAUGGAACUUACGCACCGGUGACGUGAUCAUCAAAUGGUCUAUGGCGCACACCGAAGAGGUGUACUGCGAGAUUCUGCCGGUCGAAAUUACCGCCGCUAACUUCGACCCAUCAGGAGGGUUGCUCGUCACCGGUGCUGUGAAUGGUAGCGUUCACAUGUGGGAUCCAAACAACGGAGUAUGUUUGAACCGACUGCGGAUCCCUUCCGGUGGCCGGAUAUCUGAAGUAUUCUGGUUGCCUGAUAAGAUACUAGUGACCGGUUCAGAUCGGCGAGUAACCGAAUUCAACGACCCACUGUUAUUGUCCAAAGGAAAAGUUUGGCUGUCCAGCCAUGAAGAGCCGGUGUUGAGCGCGUGCGUCAAGCUACCGUCGCUGUUUGUUACCACAUCACAGGCGGGCGUGAUGGGUUUCUGGCGGCUAGAGACGGGACAGUUGAUUAAAAAGUACAAGGCCCGAAUGAGACCAGACACCCGUAAGUCCAAAAACUCAUCAUCAGGGAGCAAGAGCCAGGCAACUUCUACGGUGGUGAGCAAGAGCCAGAUAAGUUCCAUAUCGUACGUUGGCAGCCGAAUUGGGGAAAAUGGUGGCCUGGAAACCAGAGAAGAGAAGCUCAAGAGAUUAGAUAUUAAAUACACGCCCCGUGAGCAUUACGCGGCGGUUGCCACACACUUCCUGCGAGCCCGGCCAGAAGACUCAAACGUCGGAACCCUACUCGUGGCCACACGUAAUGGAGUGGUGCAGAUAUGGUGCACGUACAAAGUGCCCAAGUAUGUUAGCCAAUUUGUGGCUAUUCACAUCGCUGAUGAUUACGUCACUUCUAUGGUGUCUGACCGUAAGAGCGAAUACUUGAUUACAAGCUUCGAAAGCGGCUACAUCAAAACGUGGUUGGUGGUCAACUUUGGACAGCCGAGACACACGAUCUACAACGUGGACAUGCCAUCUCUUAGGCUGCGUUUUCCGUACCUAAUAAAUAUGUUCUUCAUGGGUCGAGCAGAACGUGCUGACGCAAAGAACACGAAUGGUCCACUGUUGGUCAGUGCGUAUAGAGCACACUUGCAGCGUAUCAGUCACAUUGAAUACAUCGAAAAACUGGAGCUCAUAGUCAGUAGCAGCGUGGACAAGAUGAUUCGUAUCUGGACGUUGGCUGGUCAUUACGUAGGAACUUUGGGAAUGACAUGGCCAAACAUACCAAAAACCCGCCCGGUAAACGUUUUACAAUUUAAGAUGCCUCCGGACAUCCAACGGGAAGCGUCAUUCACUACUAUUCAAGUUUUGAAAGACGGCGUCAAUUCAAGCUUACGGUCUCCAGCAGUAUGGGAUAAACUAGAAUUGCUGAGACAGCAACGUGACAUACGAGGUAAAAAAGGCAAGAGGAAACUACACGACGAAAAAUGCCCAGAUCUACCACUACACGACAUACACAGAGAAUUUAUGAAAACUAAAACUGUGUCAAUCAGGCGUCCAGUAGUAAUAAAGAUAGACGAAUCGAAGCCUAGAGUAAAGAUUCAUAAACAUGUUCCGUUAUGCGAUCUCGACACUAUCCCACAAAUAAACAAGUUAGAAACAACCAAACAAGAAUCCUCCACUCCUAGAACAAAACUAGUUUUUUUCAAAUAGGUAAUAAUUUGACAUAUUUAAUUUUUUAUAUAUAUAUUUGUGUACGUUUUUAACUGAUUAAAAAAAAUGUAUUUCUACAAUAAAAUCACCAUUAAAUAAAGUAAUUAACUAUUAAGUACAAGAAGAACUUAGUUGUGUUUAAGCUAAGAUAAUUUCAAAACUCAGAAAAUUGAAAUUCUAUAUGUUGGAUAAAAUUGUUAUAAAAUAAUAAUAAAUUACUGAAGUAUUAAGGUGAGUAAAUAUAUAUGGAUGCAAAUAUUAUGUUUAAAAAAUAAAAAUAAGUUAAUGCGUGACGUGUGAGAGAUAUAAUAAGUAUUAUGUUGAAGUUCAAGUAUUAUAAAUAAAAUAUUAUAGGUAUAAUACAAAAAAAGUGUUACUUAAGAUGAAAAUACUAAAGAGCUUUAUGUAAAGACAGUACCUACACCAAUCGCCAAUGUUAUUUAAUAUCAUUUAAAUACAGAUUUCUUUAUACAUUUUCGAGUUGUAAAAUUCCCAUGCUUAAAGUUAAAUAGCUAAAUGGUUUAUUUGCUUAAUGAGCUGUAUGAACGUUUUAGAUUCUGAGCGGAGAGAUAAAUGAUUUUAUUUUAUUGUAUUGUAUUGAUUUUACAAUGGUGUGUAUUUAUUUUUAUAUCUGCGUUCACGAUAAGUAGUCAAAAUAAUGCUUCAACUCAAUAUCUUUUCCGGAGCCGCAUAGGCGGAUAUUGGGGGGGGCUUGGGGGGGCUUAAGCCCUCCCAGAACGUAAUCAAGUCCCCUCAGAAGGUUCUAGUAUCUCUACUUCAAUUACAACAAACAAUAUUGAUACAAUCGUAGAAAAUAAUCAAAACAUAAAAAAAAAUAUUGUUAUGUAAGAAUUUAUUUUCAAUUGUUCCCCUUAAUUACCGCUGAUAAGACACUGAUAAGAUUAUUAUUGUGGAGGUUCUCAAACUUGACCUAACCUAACCUUGAGGAAAGUGUUUUUUUUUGUAGAUCAUUAUAAAGUAAGUAUUGGUUUAUCGUUUUUUUAAAAAUAAAUUUCUACUUACACUUUAGUUUUCUAUUUUUAAAAGUAAUCCUGUAUUUUAUAUAUUUUUUAGGAUUUGAUGUGCGUAUCUAAAGAUUUACUGAAGUCAGAAAUGGCAGUGGCAAAGAAUUGCAUAUUGCAGUCUUUAAAUGAAGUAAAAAAGGUUUUAACAAAAAGUGUUUUCCCUAAUUUAUACAAAUUAUUUCAAGUUGCUAUAACAAUACCAAUAAGUUCCUCAACUUGUGAAAGGAGUUUUUCAGCAAUGCGUCGAAUCAAAACUUCGAACUUCCAUGUUGCAGGAGCGGUUCAACAACACAUCAAUAUUGUAUAUUGAAAAAAACAUAACUAAAUAUAUUAAUACCGAUACUGUUAUAGAUAUAUUUGCAAA